AUGUCCAACGCUUCCAGUGCAGACGCGCUGCAUGUCAAGAGGCGCGAGCACCCUUUUCUCUAUACCUGGAAUCGUCGGCUUCGUCACCUCCACGGCAUCUCGUUGCGCAAUCUCAAUAUAAACGCUCCGACCUCUUCAGUACGAGGUAAAACCAGUACAGAUGAUGAGUACAAUCUCACUACACCUGCAAAAUCUCUAGCCCGCGACGAUGCUCACACACUCCACCAUGCGAAGUCCUAUGACCAACUCUCGAGAACCCAAGCGACAAAUGGCGGGCAACAAAGCUCUAUACACAGUCCGGUCAAAAAGGAAAAGACGCAGAAGAGACCGGUGAGGCCAGCACAGGGCAAUAUGAGGAGAAGAAGCACUCUACAUUGGGCAUCCUCAGAUCCAAGAACGAGACAAUCAAAGUUGGAAGCUCUGGAGGUCGACAGGUUGGUCACAUCCUGGUUCUCAGUACAUCCUGCUAAGCUCGAAGAACCAAUAUAUAUCAGCGAGAUCAUGGAGGACUCAAUGAACCCUAGUUUCAGCCAUUUUGACUUGGACAGCUCUAUUGCCAGUGUGGCUCGCAGCGACAAUUUCGUUCUACGGAUAUGGUCCAAGAAUGAGCAUAUGGACGAAUACCGCAUACUGGUCGAGCUCGAUGUAAACUUGCGUUCGCUUCAGUUUAUUGGCAGAUCUCUAGAGACCUUCCAGCACCCUCUGCCUGAGAACUGUGUGCUCUUUCACCUCUCAGAUGGCAUCUACACAAGCUUUACAGAUUUACCUGCAGAGGUUCACCAGCAGCCUCCGUUGACGCCUGCUAUGAAAUCGAUGGCGCCUACUCAAGGCCCAACGUUUGAUAUUCUCCUCAAGCUAGCCAAUUUGGAUGAUGUGAUCCAGGAUGCGAUACGUACUCGAAGCAAACUGGAAGCGGAUAUCAAUUCUCUGCUUGCUGAUAUGCCUCAAGCUGAAAAUGCUUUGUCGCUUUUGUCGUCACAGCAGGAAGACACGAAGAAUGCUAAGCGGUCUUGCGACAAUGAACAUAAAUCCGUGGAUCAUUCCCGACGUUUGAAGUCCGAACUGCAAGCUUCCAUACAAUCCAGUCGCGAUGUAGUGAACAGUCUUCCCACAAUACAGAGUAGGGCACUAGCCAGGCAACAGCGACUCCAGGAAACAGCUCAGAAGGUUCGAAAGGAAGAUGACCAAGUCAACGAAUCCUCCAAUUCCCAAAUUCGCCGUAUAUGCUCAAGCCUCAUGCAUAUCUUUCCGAUUGAACCUGUCAAAAACAGGGCAUUGCAAUUUACAAUUAGGAAUCUUCACUUGCCGAACUCGUCGUUCAGCGAUACUAACAGCGACGAGAUUGCUGCAGCUCUAGGGUUCGCAGCACAGCUCGUCCAUCAGCUAUCGUUGUACCUUUCCAUACCACUUCCUUAUCCAAUCCGGUCGAGUGAGUCAAGCUUCUUCAUACAAGAUGACAUCUCAGCAGGCUUAGCACAGAGGCAUUUCCCACUACACCCAGUUGGAGCGGCUUACAAGUUUGAAUACGGCGUGUUUCUGCUGAAUAAAGAUAUUGAAUUCUUGAUGAACAGAUCUGGACUUCGAGCUGUGGACAUUAGGCACACCUUGCCCAACCUCAAGUACCUAAUAUUCGUGCUCACAGCAGGAAGUGGAGACUUGCCGACAAGAAAAUCGGGUGGAAUUCGUGGUUUGCUUAGAGUGCCUGAUUUGUCGAGAAGGAACAGUGAAGAGAGUGUGAUAAGCCAAGCCAGUGCUGCGUUGCAUGAUAACAAGCUUGCCCAGCAGGAGAAGGGCGGCGAUCUGAGCGAUGUUUUCAACGGUCCUCUUCGUGCUAAGGGCUUGCCUUAUCAUAGAUCUAUGCUACGUGAUGCUGGGUGA